AUGGCCGACAAACAACAACUAUCAUUCGAUCGCUCCAUUCCCCAACCAGCCAACAACCCACACCGCCCCUACCAAAACACUGCUCCAUCGUUGUUUUUUGGCAAUUUUUCUUUUUUCUGUUUUUCCGUUAAGAUUUUCAUUUCUUUAACGAUUGUCUCCACUCACACACCGCCUCUCCACACUCAACCCCACCCAACCCACGGCUCUCACGAUCUCAACGCACUGAAACCGGUUUCUUUCUUACCCCUCCACCUCCCUUUUUCUAGGAACGAAUCGCAUGUCGCCCAGACCGAAGUGUCCACUCCCUCUCUGAAUCCCAUUUGGAACGCGACCAUUACCUUCCAGGACGUGUUCAGUGACAAUCUGUUAGACCGUAAGAUAGAGAUAGUGCUCUACGAUCUGUUGCCCCACUCGGAGCCCAUCUUUCUCGGCGAGUGUGCGGUGAAGCUGCAGAAAGCCUGCCUGGACGAUGUGGCCGUCUGGUACCGGCUGGAGGAUCCGAACCAUCUGCGCGGCUCCGGUCCGGUGCCGCCCGCCCGCUCCCGGCGCCGCUCGACCACCGGCUCCCAGAGCUCGAUCGACGAAAGUUCCGCCUCGUUCGGCCGGUACGGCAGCACCGACGGCACGCGCUUUCAGCGCUCGAUCUCGGACGAUGUCGACAGCCUGGACGAGGGCCGGUACCUGCUGCAUCCGAACUGGUCCGUUUCCGGGAGCCGGCGCGGCUCGACCCAGUCCGAGAUACAGAUGCAAACGCUCGAGGUGCACCAGGUCGGGAAGGAUUACUCGAAAUCGUUGCCCGGGUCGCGCCGAUCCUCCUUUCAGGACUCGAAGGAUCAGCUGGCGGUUGGGCCGGUGCCGCACGGCUCGCGCCGCUACUCGACCGGCCGCACCGGGCCGGGAGCGGGGGGCGGCACGGCCGGUGGGCGCGAUGCGCCGCCAACCGAGCGGAAGCUCUCGUUUGGCGGCACGAUCGGCGGGAUCGGUAGCGGGGGAGGAUCGCGGACUGAAUUUAUGCGCACCAUGAGCCUUUCGCGCGAGCUUGACAUGAAGAAUCGCAAAAAGAAGCGCCUGUUUUCGUAAGGAAAACGGAAACCCGCAAACGCAACGAAACACGUGACACGAGUAUGAAAACGGCACGAACGAACAGGAUACCAGAAGCACAAUCAAGCAAAGCGCUCCACCAUGUGACAGUGAUCGUACUGCUGGUGGUGGUUGCGGUGCUGCCAACAAACACACAUACACACAAAUGGUUUUGAAACUUAGACAAUGAUUACGAUGACGAUGAGGACGAUGAUGAUGAUGAUGAUGAUGAUGGAGAUGUUAACGAUAUCCACACAAAGCAUAGGUAACGGUAAAGUGUAAGCUGACGGAGCCGAUGUCCUGCGGUAGCUAUGUAACGACACACCAAGGCGAGAAUGGGAUUUGGACGCGGCAUCUGGUGGAACCGUAGCCAUUGAUCAACGGCAUAAAGAGGGCAUAUGCAGGCGCACAGGUGGCUAAUUUAUACACAUUCAUCAUCCUUCUCGUUUAUAGAGGCAUGUUUUUUGCCGUGCGACUAUGUCUGCACGAUCCGUUUUACAAGAUUAUAUACAUAUUAUAUAUCAUGUUUUGUGUAGCAAAUAUUUCAAAAGUUUACAGAAUAUCACUUUCAACACAUGUUACUUGCAUAGGAGAACGAAAAACGAAAUAAACUAUAAUUCUGGUAUAUUAAACCUUUACAGAUGCAA